AUGCUUUGGAAAUUAACUGAUAACAUUAAAUAUGAAGAUUGCGAGGAUCGCCACGACGGCACCAGCAAUGGGACAGCCAGGCUACCUCAGCUGGGCGGCGUGGGCCAGAGUCCCUACACGAGCGCCCCUCCGCUCUCCCACACACCGAACUCGGACUUCCAGCCCCCGUACUUCCCCCCGCCCUACCAGCCCAUCUACCCGCAGUCUCAGGACCCUUACUCGCACGUCAACGACCCGUACUCCCUCAACUCCCUGCACGCCCAGCCGCAGCCGCAGCACCCGGGCUGGCCGGGCCAGAGGCAGGGUCAGGAGAGCGGCCUGCUGCACCAGCACCGCAGCCUGCCCCACCAGCUGUGCCGGGAGUACCGCAGGGAGGUGCUCCUACCGUCCGGCCACGGCCUUGACACGGGACUGUCGGACUCUAUCCCUAUCCAUGGAAUACCUCACUCUUUAGAAGAUGUUCAGUCUGUUGAGGAUCAAGGAAUUCACAUCCCCGACCAGACUGUAAUUAAAAAAGGUCCAGUGUCUUUAUCCAAGAACAACAACGUCUCCGCCAUCCCCAUAAAUAAGGACGGUCUUUUCGGAGGGGUGGUAAACCCCAACGAGGUGUUCUGCUCAGUUCCGGGUCGCCUGUCCCUCCUCAGCUCCACAUCAAAGUACAAGGUCACGGUGGCGGAGGUGCAGAGACGCCUCUCGCCGCCCGAGUGCCUCAACGCCUCACUGCUGGGCGGGGUGCUGAGGAGGGCCAAGUCUAAGAACGGAGGAAGAUCCUUAAGGGAGAAGCUGGAUAAAAUCGGCUUGAAUCUACCUGCGGGCAGACGCAAGGCAGCCAACGUCACCUUGCUGACGUCACUAGUGGAAGGCGAAGCGGUACAUCUUGCCAGGGAUUUUGGUUAUGUAUGCGAGACCGAGUUUCCAGCCAAGGCAGUAGCUGAAUAUGUAAACCGUCAGCAUUCCGACCCAAACGAACAAGUCCAAAGAAAAAACAUGCUAUUGGCCACGAAGCAAGUCUGCAAAGAGUUCACAGACCUGCUGUCCCAGGACCGCUCGCCGCUGGGAAACUCACGGCCGCAGCCCAUUCUUGAACCGGGAAUCCAGAGCUGUUUGACCCACUUCAGUCUAAUCUCGCAUGGUUUCGGGACCCCGGCACUGUGCGCGGCAGUCACAGCCCUGCAGAACUAUCUGACCGAGGCUAUCAAAGCCAUGGACAAAAUGUACCUCAACAACAACCCCAACAGUCACUCAGAUAACGGCACUAAAGGCGGAGACAAAGACGAGAAGCACAGAAAGUGAUGUUUCCAUCCCACCUUCACCGAGGGCUAAACCCCAGGGCCCUUCUGCUACACCAACCCACACCCCUCCGCCUCGCCCGGGCCCCCACCCAUCCAAUAUAAAUAUUAUAAAUACCUUAUAAAUACUAUUGAUAAAGUUAAACGUGCCACUUCCUGAUCUUGCGCGGUUUUACAUGUUUUGUUUUUACAUCCCACUUUGGAUUCACGGGGGAAACGACGCAAGAAUCUUCUUCUUCUUCCAACACCUGAACCAUAUGAAAUGUUAUUUUAAAAAAAAAAAGAGAAAAGAAAAAAAGCUGCAGAGGAACAGCUGCAGGGCGAGGAAAAGGUGUAUUGCCUCAGCCAGAGGACUUUUUAUGUACUCCCCUUAUUUUUUAUGAGCUGCAACGAAUGGACUGAAAUCCAGCGACCCCUCUAUAUCUCAAUUUUACGAUUGUGACAAAAACGAAGCUAAAAGAGGAUGAAUUCUUAUCAGUAUUGUGAAUAAUAAACUUGAAAAACAAAGAGAAAAUCCACAGAGCUCCAUGUCAUGACUUCAGUUGUAGACUCUCACACUCUCUCUCUCCAAGCGACCAACUUGAACUUUUUGAAUUUCAACACGAUUCACGGUUAUAUAAGGGAAUCAGUGUUCAUGUAUGUAUAUAUUUAUUUAUGUGUAAUUUAAUGGGAAUUGUAAAUAUGGUGCGUCUGUUGAAACUUCUUUUUUUUUAUUUAUCUGGUGCCUCCUGUUUUAGUGGGUUUGAAUAUUCGGUUAGUUCUUCAUGUGAUUUUAUGGUUCUUAGAAAACAGAAGUUUGGGGUAUUUUUUAUUUCUCUGGGAUAUUUCAAUUCAGCCCUCUUGUAGCAUGUUGAGGCGACAUUGAAGCAAGUGAACAAAUUUAAUAGAAAUAAACUUCCAUUUCUCUCUAUAUAUAUCAUCCUUAUUCAGUUUUUUUUAUUUGAGACGGAGCAUAAGUG